AUGUCUUCGGCUUCCCUCGACCCGCUCGACCUAGGCAGGCCCAGGUCUGGCCGGCGCGCCCCCGCUUCGACCUCGUUUCAGGACAGGCUCGGCCUCGAUGCCCGGAUCACGAAGCUCAAUCUCGCCGCCUUCCUUGCCCACUGCUCGUCUUCGAUCCUCUUCCUCGUCUUUCUCAACGCCGCACAGCCCUUUGUGAUCCAGCAGCUGGGCCAGGCAUGCCACCGCGACGAUGCUCCCGCCGACAGCCGCAAGGUCGGCGCGCUCAGCGGCACCCUCAUCUUUUCCGACGAGCUCCUCUCGACGUUCCUCGCGCCGCUCUGGGGCGCGGUAGCCGACCUGUUUGGCUUCCACCGCGUCGUGCCCAUCGCCUACGUGUUUGUCGCCAUCGGCCUGCUCGUCUUCACCGCACCAUCGCAGCCAUGGCCAGGCUUGCUGCUCGCCAGGCUCGUGUUUGCCGUCGGAGGCAGCGGCGUCACAGCCAUGCUCUCGGCGAUCCUCACCGCAUAUUCGCACCGCCAGUCGGAAGGCCCGAACCCGUCCGCCAACGCUCCUCAACAGCCAGCGGAUCGGGCCGAGCCGCCGGCCAGCACCGAGCCCGCCCCGCCUCGGUCCGAUGCUGCGCUUGAUGGCCCUGAGGCUGUGGCUGCCGGACAGCCAAAGCAGAGCCGCAGACGCAGCAGGCACGGACGCCUGGCCGCUCUGGCAGGCGUCUUUACCGGCUUUGGCGCACUCCUGGCCGUCUUUGGCCUCCUUCGCCUUCCUCAGGCGCUCGCAAAGUACUUUGACCAGCAAGAGGGCCGCCACCAUCGCGGAUCGACCGGCGACGUCGGCAUCCGCCGCGCCACGACAGCCACCUUUGUCAUCGCCGCGGCAUUCGCCUUCAUGAUCGCAGGCAUCAUGGCCCUGGGCCUGCGUUCGCCCGAGGACAAGCCGGCCGGCCUCUCGAGGGAGCGAAGGCUCGCCGCACGCGUCCAGGCCGACGCCGACGACUACGGCGCCCUGCAGGACUCGACCAUUACCAUACUCAGCGAUUCGAGGGCGGCACGCAGGACGCGGCUUCGGCAGCGCCAGCAGCGACGCGAGAUGACAGGCUGGCUCGCAGUCGCCAAGCGCACCCUCGGGGCGUUUGCUCGCAGCUCGGCGGGCGGCUUCCGUCUCAUUGGACCGGUCCGACCUCGAGUAGGCCUCACCACGGAAGGCUACCGGUCGCGAGUCCAGGCGGCGAGCGAGCUGCGGAUGGCCUAUCUCGGUGGCGCUCUGGCGAGGGCCUGCACCAUCGGCACAACAGCCUUUCUGCCCCUCCUCAUCGCGCAGCACUACUACACGUCGGGCCUGUGCAACACGCUACCGUCGCCGGACCCUCGCGCGCCUCUCCCGCCCGAUGAAAUCAAGAAGCUGUGCCGACAGGCUUUCACGGCCACCGCCAUCCUCGGAGGCACGAUCCAGCUCACGGCGCUGAUGCUGUCUCCCAUCAUCGGCCUCCUGUGCGACUGGCUCACACCGACGGUCACGCUCUCGCUGACCUCGGCGUCUGGCGCAGCCGGCUUCUUGCUGCUCGGUCUGGGCCCAAAUGGACUCCGCGGCAACAGCAAGACGGGCGAAGAAGUACCCAACCCGCUGUCCACGCUGUCCAUCCUGGCGGCCAUGGCAAUCGGCUUCGGGCAGAUCGGAGCCAUCGUUGCCAGCCUGUCGGGAUGCGCCCGGGCGCGCUCGCACCUGCUCGAUUGCGAAGACGAAGACGAGCGGCGAGCGCUCGCCACGUCAGAUGAGCCACCAGAGCAAGAUGAUCCGCAACAGAACGGUCGGGAACACCCGCGAGAGACGGAACGAUUGCUGACCCGGCGCAGUAGAAGGUCUGCGUCUGCAGCGAGGACCGACGGGCCCAAGCCUGCGGCCGGUCCAUUAGGAUCAGCCGGGUCCAUCGCGGGGGCGUACACAUGCUGCGGCUCGAUUGCCAUCCUCGUCGUCUCCAAACUGGGCGGCGCGCUGUUCGACCUGUUCGCGCCGGGUCCGUUCCUGCUCAUUGCUGGCCUGUCGGCUUUCGUGACGCUUCUCGGUCUCUCCACGACAUUGCUGGGGAUCGUCGCGGACCGACGUCGGCGAUGA